AUGGAUCGCGUUGUUUUUCUUAUUGACAUGGAUUGCUUCUAUGUCCAAGUUGAGCAGAAAAUGCGCCCUGAAACUAUAGGACUUCCUUGUGCUGUUAUCCAGUACACAAGUUUGUCGUCCGCCUCGUAUGUUUCACUUUACUUACAUUUCGAUUUUAACACGAAAGAAGGGCGUUUCAAGGUAUAUGAAUGGUACCGAGAUGCUGGUGCUGAAGUCAUUAAUUCUUUGUCUAAGUUUACAUCUAAAAUAGAGAGGGCGAGCAUUGACGAGGCAUAUAUUGAUUCUUCCUUAGUCAUGGCUUGUACAGAAAUGAUUUCUUUGGAUUCUACUAACUAUAAAUCGAACAUUGUUUUUGACCCAUCAUCAAUCGAAGUUAAUGCUCAAGAUUUUACGGAGAAUGAUGGUCAGAAGCUCAAAAGUGCCCUUUAUCUCGCCCAACAAAUCAAAAGGCAAAUACUUGAGGACACGAGCUUUCGAUGUUCAGUUGGCGUGGCCGCAAACAGAGUAAGUUACAAAUUACUUUCCCAGGGACCAAUCAUAUGGCAUCCGGUACGAAUUUCUCCUGGAUUAGGUGGAAAACUUGGUGAUGAUGUAUCACGACGCUACAAUAUUGAAUGCUUUGGGUCGUUAACAGAAGUUCCUCUCUCAACUUUGGUUGCUGAUUAUGGCGAAAAAACAGGUAACUGGUUAUAUGGACUAUGUCGGGGUCAAGACCAUCAGGCAGUAAGCACGCGAACUCUAGUUCAAUCCAUCGGGUGCAGCAAGAACUUUUUGGGCAAGUCCUCCCUCAUGACCGACGAAGACAUUCGACAUUGGCUAACGCUACUUGCCGGUGAGCUGGUAGAACGUGUUGCAAUAGAUCGAGGCACCAACAAUCGCUUGCCUACUAGUCUGACAGUCCACGUUCGCUUCGGUCAGACAACUCCGAUUACCAAUAUUGGCAUUUCUGCUGGCAAAUUUCGGCCUGACCACAUAUCUCGUUGUGGAAAUGUUAAAAAACUCUUCAUGAAACAAAUUGGUGACAAGAGAAGUGAAGAUGAUUCAGCUGAUAAUUUCUCAUUAAUCAAUGCGCCAUUGCAGUCUAUAAGUUCAUCACCAUCGCUGAAACCGAGUGGAAGAGGGAAUACUUUCUUUCAACGACAUGAAGCCGACGCUGACACAAUACUAUGUGAAGAAUGUGGUUCACGAGUUCUUGUACACCUUAUGCCCGAGCACUCGGACUUCCAUUUCGCCCGCAAAAUUCAAAGGCAAUGGAAUCAAGAAACUUCCGGUAACUUGGAGAACGUACGAUCUGGACAAACGAAGACGAAGCCUUCCAGCAGAGCGCGUGGCUGUCAAAGGAGACGCCCGAAUGGAAGAAAAAUACAACCUGGGACGUGUCGUUCGAGGAUAGAUAAUUUCUUCCCGAAAAAUAUUUGA